AUGAACCUGUCCGCCAUGCAAGACAUGCAGCGGCGGCCCCUGUGGCUCGAGAAGAUUUCAUUUGAAGAGCUGCGUGCUGGAGGGUACAUCGAUCGCAGUCCCGCUUUUCACAACGACCUUGCACAAGGCUCGGAAGCAGUUCACCCGUUAUUCUCCCGAGGGCAAUGGCUGGACGUCCAAACCGAAGACUACGUGCUGCUAAUGCCUGCCUUGCAACUGGCCAGUAAGCUCCUGACGUCGCCACGAUUCCUCGCCUUUUGGGAGGCGCUGCUUCUGCAUCGGAAGCCUAUCCGCACUGACGGCCUCCGAACCAUGUACGGACGUUCGUGCGACCGGCUCGACCUUGGGCUUUCCCGCCCUACCCCAGAUAGCAGGCGAUGGGUCCUGACGAGGCUGCGUGAACUCACGACAGUGCACAACUUCAAGUUCGACCACGAAUCCAACCUUUGCGACGCAGAUGCGACAACAGACCUGGUUGAGCAACCAGGCUUCACGGGCCAGGGACUGUGCCAUACCCACGCUUCGGUCUCUAGGAUCAGCGAUGCUUACCUGCGUCUUCUCCGCUUGUACUAUGAAGGAGGUGAAACGCCUGCUCGCGGGCGGAUUCCGAGCCCCCAGGACCGGCCAACUGGCGGGUCAAUCCUACGCACCUCGUUCCACCUCGCGAAGAAUUUGGUACAUGAGCUGUGCCACGCACUCAACAAUGCGAUAGUGCCCAUCCAUCAAGCACACCCGUGCCCUGAGGUUAGCAUCAAGAUCGAGCCCUUUUUCAUGGACCAGCGGCGUUGCGAGCUGGGACGGGCGUGGGAAUCCUUUGUCUUCGGCGGGCAUAUUGACGGAAUUGGUGACGGAUUAAACAUGCAAUUCGGGAUCAGCGUGACCAAAUGGCCGCAUCCAUUCAGCCGGGAGGGGCAAGAGCGCGCACCGAGCCGGUGGCCGUUCACGACCAGCUACGCAGUGCCCAUGCCGUGGGUAGAGGCCCUGUGGACGGACCGUUUCUGGAGUCAGAUGGACAGCGACGUUGACUUUGACUGUCGCAUCCCCAAGAUCCUUGGCGUCCGGAAAGCGACCAAUGUGGUUUGGACCGACGAGGACGAGGAGUACGAGUGCUUCAGCAGCACCGACAGCGACGACAUGGCAGAGAUGGCCAACGAGGAGCGAGCGGAGGCGCUGGAGAGGAGGAUGCGGAGGCGGGUGCGGUACCACCUGGGCCUGGAGGGCGAGUACGAGGACAGCGAGGACAGCAGCGUGGCACGUCACGAAGACAGGCAUGGCGUUAUUCGAGACGGCGGAUGA